AUGGGCGCUCUCUCUAAUAUUCAUGAGCUGCCGCGGGCCAAUGAGCGCCCAGGCGCGGCUGGAGGGGCCGAGAAGGCUGGGCAUGGAGAAGUCCAAGAGGAACCUGCUCACGUCGAAGCGAAGGCACCUCUGCCCAGCCCUGCGCUCCCGCGGCUGCCCCCAGGCUGCUCUCUCCGGCCUCGGAGCAAAGGAAGAGGCAGAAUAAGGGGAAGCUGCCGCCGGGGCUUGUCACCUGCUGGCCCAGGCUGUGCGGGGCAGGGCCGGCGGGCUGCCUCCAUGGGGAGGGCUGGCUGUGGCUUGCCUCGCCUGUGCGUGCGGUGGGCAGCGCUGCUGCUAGCGCUCUGGCCCUGCUGCGCCCACGGGAACUGGAUGUGGCUGGGCAUCGCCUCCUUCGGGGUCCCGGAGAAGCUGGGCUGCGCCGAGCUGCCGCUGAGCGGCCGCCAGAAGGAGCUGUGCAAGAGGAAGCCCCACCUGCUGCCCAGCAUCCGCGAGGGCGCGCGGCUGGGCAUCCAGGAGUGCCGGAGCCAGUUCAGGCACGAGCGCUGGGACUGCCUCCUCCUGCCCCCCGACUCCGCCGCCGCCUUCUCUGUCUUCGGCGCCGAGCUGAGCAGCGGCACCAAGGAAACAGCCUUUAUAUAUGCUGUGACGGCGGCAGGCCUUGUACAUUCAGUGACUCGAUCAUGCAGUGCAGGAAAUAUGACUGAGUGCUCCUGUGAUACAAACCUGCAAAACGGUGGCUCAGCCACUGAAGGCUGGCACUGGGGUGGCUGCUCUGAUGACAUCCAUUAUGGAAUGUGGUUUAGCAGAAAGUUCUUAGAUGGGCCUAUUAAGAACAUAACUGGAAAAGAUGGGAACGGACUGAUCUCAAUGAACCUGCACAAUAACGAGGCUGGAAGGCAGGCUGUAGCAAAGCUGUUGUCAGUGGAUUGCCGUUGUCACGGAGUUUCUGGGUCCUGUGCCGUGAAAACUUGUUGGAAAACUAUGUCUUCAUUUGAAAAGAUUGGCGAGUAUUUAAAGGAUAAAUAUGAAAACAGUAUACAGGUAUCAGACAGACUGAAGAAAAAGCUACGUAGGAAAGAAAAAACCCAACGGAAAAUACCAAUCCGCAAGGAAGAUCUUGUCUACAUAAACAAGUCACCCAACUACUGUGUAGAGGAUCGCAAACUUGGGAUUCCUGGAACACAGGGAAGGGAAUGCAACCGCACUUCAGAGGGACCAGAUGGUUGCAACCUCCUCUGCUGUGGCCGUGGUUACAACACUCACGUGGUUAGACACGUGGAGAGGUGCGAAUGCAAGUUUGUCUGGUGCUGUUAUGUGCGCUGCAGAAGAUGUGAGAGCAUGACUGAUGUUCAUACCUGCAAAUGA